UUUAUGUAUUGCUAUCUGUAAAUGAACAUACACUCAAAUAAAUAAAUCCAUUGUCAUCGAUCAAUCCCAUAUCAUGUCUUUAAUUAAUGUUUCAGACUCAACCCCAUCAUUGCCUGACAGUGAAGGAUACGCGUCAAUCGAUGACGAUGACUUAGCAUCUUUUGAAAAAGCUGAAGCAGAUUAUGUGGAAUCCCUAAUGGAAGUUCUUUCUUCAGCUGUUUCAAUUUGUCAAGUUAAGCAGAUAUUGAGUGACAAAGAAAAACUAUCGGAAGAUAUGCAAGAAGUCUUUGAUAGAGCUAUAAAUCAAGAAAAAAAAGAACAAAAACAAGCUUCUGAAGUGCCCAUAAAACGUAUCAUUAACAAAAUUCGAAUAAUGAAAAAACGUGAAAGACAAUAUGAACUACUAAAAUUAUUACGAAAAAAUGAAGCUGAAUUGAAGAAGACCGAUUAUUAUGUAUUCAACACAUUAGUACCACAAUCUGAGAGAAAGGAGAGACAAGUUUUUCUGGAUAUAGAAUUAGCUCUUUUGACAGAAUAUUUAUGGAUUAAAAGAGAAUUGAAUCCACGUACUGACGAAUACAGAGCAAAACUUUCGACAGCCAACAGCUGGCCUGAUUAUCCAGAAUUUGAAGACACUCAAGAAUCAGAUAUGGAUGUAUCAGACUCGGAUGAAUCAGCAGACUUGGAUGAAUCAGACUCGUCGUAUGAAUUAAACUUGGAUGAAUUAGACUGUGAUAAACAAAAUAAAUCUUUAGCAUAA